AUGUUCCCCCAUGACACGACCGAUGCUUCCAACUCGCCGGCUCCCGCACUACCCGAUGUUAGCCAUUCAGCUUCGCCCAGCAGUGCAGCCUCUCCACCGCCCGAAUGUUCGCCCGGCCUCUCGCCUCGGACAUGCUCUCUCGACAACGAUGUCGCCUCGUCGCAUCAACCUUCUCUCGAACAUUCCACGCCACCACCACGAUCGCCGGCCGUUCAGCAUAUGUGCACCGGCACAGAAUCGUCUCCAACGACUAUUCCCCCUCGCAGCGCUACGCACCUGCCAUCGCCCACCCUGCCGGUAGCUGUGCUGAACAUGAGCGAGAUCCAAGCGCGCGCAGAAGCGCUCGAGAUGCAGACGCGCAGGGACAUAGAAGCGACACAACGCUUGGCGGAGCAGCAUUUCGAGGAGGUGAGGCCGGACGCGCGUGCAAUUCGUGCCACGCAUGCGUGCGACCUCUGUCGGCAGCGGAAGGCGAAGUCUUCCUCUCUGCCCGUGGCGCAAUAUGGAGAGGAGGGCAGGUUGGGACCGACGCGCACAGCGCCGAGGAGCCACGAGUCGCGGUAUGCCAGCAUGUCGAUCCCCUACGGUCUGCGCAGGAAUCCUGCACCAUGCACGACACUGGGGUUCGACGCCGCCGCGACAUGGGAAGCCACAGCGAGCACAGUGGUACAGCCAGCUCGCGAUGGAGGAGAUUCGUCAGCCUGGAUCGCGCCUCCCCCGUCGCAGCAGGGGACACAGCUAAUCAGACCAACACCUAUUCGGGUGGGUGCCACCUUCUACCAGGAGGCGCAUCGCAGGAGGUCAAACACCGAAGAAGUCGAGGAGAGCUUCCACGACCAACUCCGGGGAGACACGCCUCCAGCCAGCCGCUCGGUCUCUGCCAGCGAGCGGUUCACUGUCAUGCCUCACUUAGCACGGCACAACAUCCCCGCCCUACCGAGACCUCUCCAAGAAGCAUACGGCGCAGUUGGAGUUUCUGUUUCCUCCGCACUCAGCUCUGCCUGGACUGAAAACAUCCCACUGCUGCCCACAGUAACAUCAUCGACUCAGAGGGCAAUCUUGCACCCGCGACCACUACCGACCUUGCUGGACCAACAAUAUGCCGAAGACGCAAUGAGCACCCUGAGGCGCACUGAGAGGCAGCCCAGUUGGUCGAUUGAUUGCAUUAUGUCUGAGGACGCUGUGUCGAUGGAGUUCAGCUACGAAUCAAGGAGCGAGCCGGUGGAAGAGCAGCGAAACAGGACAGUGGGGGGUUGGGUUUCGCCAGUGAUGCUGCAACGCAGUAGAAGUUUGGGCGACUCCUGGGGCGAGUCUACGUCUAGCGGCCACGACGCGCCUGAGGGAGACGGUCAGCAGCUCUAA